AUGACUGAAUCAUCCUGUGACCGCUCGAAACAACCGGAGAAACCGGUAAAACAUUUAGUACUUGAUACUGGAGCGGUUAUUGCCAAUGUGAACUUGCAUGAAAUUGCUGAGCAUUAUUAUGCACCGCCGGAUGUUGUUUCGGAGCUGAAAUCUUCUCGCUCAAAGAUUACUUUCGAUAUUCUGCCAUUUGAAGUCGAAAUAAGGGAACCAUCUACGGAAGCAUUGAGAAAAGUUGUGGAAGCAUCGAAAAAGACCGGAGACUUUGUUUCAUUGUCGCUGGCAGACAUUAAAGUGAUUGCCCUCACGUAUGAUCUCCAUUGCCAAUACAAUGGACAUUCUAGUACAAAUGUCGACAAAGCAUGUGAGCCUGAGUCAGAGCCUUCUAUUGAAAGUUUACUGGAAGAGGUUCGAUUGAAUUCCGAGCAAAAAAGUUUGAAUGAUGACUCAACCUCCACUAUUGAAGAAUCGAAUGUUGACAACACGGAGAAUGGUAUUCCUUCGCGAGCCAACUUACCUGAGGGUUUUUGUGAAAAUGGUGAUAGUGAUGACGAUGAAGGAUGGAUUACGGAGGAUAAUCUUGGAAAAGCUCUUAAGAAGAUGGGAGCUUUGGAGGUAGAAGAAGGAAUUAAUGUGGGAUGUCUAACAACUGACUUUGCUUUACAAAACGUACUUCUGAGUAUGAAUCUCGGUCUCGUUUCAUUAAAUGGUUACCGUAUAAAAAAAUUAAAAUCCUUUGUAUUACGAUGCCGUGCCUGCUUUAAGACCACUCCUAUUAUGACCAAAGAAUUCUGCCCUUUUUGUGGUAACAAAAUGCUGCACAAGUGUGCCGUUUCGGUGAACGAAGAUGGAGAACAGGUUCUACACAUCAAUUGGCAACGACUAUGUAACAAACGCGGUUUAAAGCAUUCCCUUGGUGCCCCAAAAGGUGGAAAACAUGCGGUUAAUGAAAAACUAUUCGAAGAUCAAAGAAUGCCACAAAAUCGUAUGGCGAAGGUGCGGGUUGAUCCAUUUGGUGAGAGUCCUUUCGCAAUUCACGAUGUAACUUCAAGAUCUGCUAUGCUCGGAAUUCGAAAACUGAAUAAUAAACAAAAGCAAAGGCGUAAUCCAAAUGAAGCUCGGAGUGGAGGAAGGCGGAAAUGA